GUUUAAUUUGUCGUGAGCAAUAUGACUGGCCUAUCAAAGCCCUAAAAUAACUAAACUUGCACCACAAUGAAUGUUGAAUUGCCUCCAGCACACAUAUUUGCAUAUACACAAACAUGAGAACUAAUUAAACCUCCGCUCGUGUGUUACCUAAUCGUGUUGUGUAAAAGCGUGACCUUAGCAAGCGAGCUAACAUGCAUCGAAACUGCGCAGGUCAGUGAAUGAUGUGACUCCAUAUGUGCAGACUAGAUGAAAAUUUCCUCUCACUCGGGUAACGAUGACUGUCAGCGCAACAUGGUUCCGAGCUUUACGUUGUAUCACAUCCAGGACGAGCGUGUUUACUUCACAGCGGCUGAUCUCCAGUCAGCAGAGAGGUUCUUCUGAAAACAUACGGGUACUUUAUGAUGGAGAGUGCCCAAUAUGCGUGAAAGAAAUCCGCUUUCUUCAGUUUCUUCAAAGAAACAGAGCAGAUAAAGUACAUUUUGUGGACAUCUCACUACCAGAAUAUGAUGGGAAUAAAUAUGAAUGUGUCAGUUAUGAGAUGGCAAUGGAUGAAAUGACUGUCAUUGAUAAGAAUAACAAGAUUCACCGUGGUGUGCCAGCUUUCACAGUAAUGUACAGUGCAGUGGGUCUGGAUUGGCUUGGCUGGUUCAUCUCUCUCCCACUGAUUAGGCCUCUAAUGGACCGAGCCUAUGAUGUGUUUGCAAGAAACAGACUAAAGUGGACCGGCAGAGAAGGCUGCACAACUGGCCGCUGUGUGAAAAAAGAGAGCUAAGGGGCAGAGCGCUUUAAUGACAUGUAAAUGGAGCUAUUGUUCAUAACAGUGAUUCGGUUUUCUUUUUUGCAUUUGAUGAGAAUGAAUAAUAGGUAAAUAAAUGAUGUGCUCAGAAUAAGUCAUUUCUAUCUGCCAGUUGCAAGAAGAUGUGCUUUAUUUAAAGUUUUUUUUAUGAAAUGAAAUAAAAGGAUCUGAAAUCUG